CAUUGACAAAAGUAAUUCAUACCUCGGCGUCAAUGAACGCGUGGCGUGAGUCUCUCAGCAUGGUCAGUAAACGCGGUGCGUUGAUAGUUUUGGAAGGUUGCGAUCGGGCCGGGAAAUCGACCCAAGCGAAGAUGUUGAUGAACGCUUUAAACGAUCAACAAAUUCCUGUGAAAUCCGGCGGUUUUCCUAAUAGAAAAACUCCUAUUGGAUCUAUCUUAAAUAAUUUCCUGUCAAAAGAGGUAAAUUUACCACCAGAAGCAGCUCACUUGUUGUUCUCUGCGAAUCGAUGGGAAUGUAAAGAGGACAUUGAGAAGACCCUUUUGUCUGGUGUUACUAUAGUAAUGGACAGAUAUGCAGCCUCUGGUGCUGUAUAUACAGCAGCCAACACUGGCAGAAGUCUCAACUGGUGCCAACAACCUGACAUGGGUCUUCCAAAACCAGAUUGCGUAGUGUUACUCAAGGUGUCCAAGCGACAGCAAGAACAGCGCAGCGAUUGGGGCAAGGAAAGAUUCGAGCAUGACGAAUUUCAGCAACGUGUCGAUGCUAAUUACGAGAAAUUACGGGACAAUACUUGGAUCAUUGUAAACGCGGAUCAAAAUGAAUCGGCUGUGCACAACGAAAUACUGCAGAAAGCAUUGUCAAUUAUCCAAGAAGUUCAGUACCGUAAUGUAGAAGUAUUAAAUAAUUCAUGAUAUUAUAAGUUUAAUUUUAUAUUUCUAUUUUGGCAAGGAAUCACUAUAUUAGUAAUUCAUUGUGACAUUUGCUAUGUUCUCAUAAAAUUUUGAUACAAUAUUAUAUAAAUCGAUUAAAUAAGCAACUAUUUUAAUAUCUAGAAGUUAUGAGUAAAAUCAUCUGAGCCUUAUACUUACUAUCUAAACUAAAUUACUGUAUAAAUCUUGUUGAUUUUUGUACUUAAUAGAUA